GAUUAUGAAUUGUCUACAUGUUUUUUCUGUGAAUGACAAUCAAAAUCCGGCACUUCUUUAUUGGAUUAAAUGGGACUCGUAGGCUACCUUGCUUUCUAUGGCACCCGUCAAAAAAAUUGUGGCUGGUGGUUUCAAUGUGAUUGGAUUAUUACAGUUCUUGUCCCCAUAGAGCCAUCAAGCCACCGUUAUUAAAGUAGCCAACCUAUACAAUUACGCUAUCCAGUCUGAAAAUGUCGUUUAGGCUCGUUUGUCUCCAUUGCGUUUUCAGGGUUUCAUACUUAAAUUGAAUCUAUCACACAAUUGACUUCUAUGUCUGAAGUUAUGCUAUUUAGAUAUUGUUUUCCUGUCAUGGCAUUUUCUUGUAUUUGGUGGCAAGGUACAUAGUCCUGUUUCGCUGUGGCAAGCGCCAAAGCGUGGCGCCAUGAAUUUCAUUUCAACGGAAAGUUGUUCUAUCCGUGCGCGGUGGGCGGGGGUAUUCAGCGAAUGGGAGAGGCGACUGAAUCCCUGUAAUCUUCUAAACUCGAAAGCGAUUGCGGGAGAACCACUUCACAUUUUCCAACAACUACAUUGAGCCAUCAUCAAAGUGGCUUUUGAAGAGAGCAGAAACCACCUGUCAGCCAAAGAUGUUCAAACCUAAACUCACCGCUGUUGCAGCCCUGCCGUUGCAUCCAAUGAUUGGCAAUAUGAAUUGUCUAGUUAGUUCUUCACUGGAAUGUGUACAAGGACAUUUUUGGUAAUACGACAAGAGCGCAGAUAUGUCGGUGCCUUUACUGAAGAUUGGAGUGGUGUUGAGCACGAUGGCUAUGAUUACUAACUGGAUGUCGCAGACGUUACCGUCCUUGGUGGGACUUAACACCAACAAGCUCUCGGUAUUAUCAGGAGGGACAGCGGACCGGAGCACCGGCGUGCUCCCAGCCAACCCUGAGGAGUCAUGGCAGGUUUACAGCUCAGCCCAGGACACCGAGGGCCGCUGUGUCUGCACUGUGGUGGCGCCUCAACAGUCCAUGUGCUCGCGGGACGCCAGGACCAAACAGCUCCGACAGCUGCUAGAAAAAGUCCAGAACAUGACCCAGUCUAUCCAGGUGCUAGACCAGCGGACCCAGAGAGACCUGCAGUACGUGGAGAGGAUGGAGGUUCAGCUGAAAGGUCUGGAGACCAAGUUUAAACAGGUGGAGGAGAACCACAAGCAGAACAUUGCCAGGCAAUACAAGGCAAUAAAAGCGAAAAUGGAGGAACUUAGGCCAUUGAUACCAGUGUUGGAGGAGUACAAAGCCGAUGCAAAAUUGGUAUUGCGGUUUAAAGAGGAGCUCCAGAAUCUGACGUCUGUGCUAAACGAACUCCAGGAGGAGAUCGGCGCCUAUGACUACGAGGAGCUACAAAACAGAGUGUCAAAUCUUGAAGAGAGGCUUCGUGCAUGCAUGCAAAAAUUAGCAUGUGGGAAGCUGACAGGGAUCAGUGAUCCAAUUACCAUUAAGACGUCUGGAUCAAGGUUUGGAUCCUGGAUGACUGACCCCCUGGCUCCUGAAGAUGACACUAGGGUGUGGUACAUGGAUGGCUACCACAACAACCGAUUUGUGCGGGAGUACAAGUCCAUCUACGACUUCAUGAAUUCCGACAACUUUACAUCUCACCGCCUCCCCCACCCAUGGUCAGGCACUGGCCAGGUGGUCUACAACGGCUCCAUCUACUUCAACAAGUUCCAGAGCCACACCAUCAUCAAGUUUGACUUCAAGACCUCCGUCAUCAGCAAGUCACGCCAGCUGGACUACGCCGGCUACAACAACAUGUACCACUACUCCUGGGGCGGCCACUCAGACAUCGACCUCAUGGUGGACGAGGGCGGGCUCUGGGCCGUUUACGCCACCAAUCAGAACGCAGGGAACAUUGUCAUCAGUAAACUGAACCCCAACACCCUGCAGAUCAUCAAGAGCUGGACUACCAACCACCCCAAGAGGAGCGCAGGAGAGGCCUUCAUGAUAUGUGGCACGCUGUAUGUCACCAAUGGCUACUCCGGUGGGACCAAGGUCUAUUAUGCCUUCAGCACCAACUCGUCCACCUACGAGUACAUUGACAUACCGUUCCAGAAUAAGUACUCUCACAUCUCCAUGCUGGACUAUAACCCUAAAGACAGAGCACUGUACGCAUGGAAUAACGGUCACCAGGUGCUUUACAAUGUCACCUUGUUCCACGUCAUUCGGUCAGAGCAGGAGCAGUAGAUAGCUAGCCAUGCUGUUACCUUCUCAGUCACCGGCAGACCUGGGUUAAAAUACUAUUGGAUAUCUUUCAAAUACUUUUAACAUUUGCAGCAGCCUGCCUGGAGUGCCAGAUGGGCAGAGUUUGCAGUUUUGCAACAAUUGUAUUAAUUCCAUUAUACCAGUCAAGCCUAAUCAAGCCCGGCUAAAUCAAGCAAAUUUGAACCCAGGUCUGGUCCACGGAUGCUUCAAAGUAAAGGAGAUACUAUAUGUAACUGUGGAAGGAGAGAAGUAUCCUAUAUUUUAAUCAGUAACAAGAAAUACAGUACCUAAUGAUAUAUAAUGUAUAGAAACAAAGAGUAGAAAAGGAACCGAAAAGGUCAUGCCUUUCUUGUUUUGGAUGACUUCAAAUGUCUUAUAAUGAUUGUGUUUUUACGGAAUUACCCACUCUUGACUUGUUUUUUAUUUGAUCACAGAUAGUGCAGCCUAUUGUAUCAUAGUUUUGAAUUGAAUUACAUUUGGAAAUGAAGAAAGUUUAUAUCCUGGGCCUUGUUUAUCAACCUGUAUAAAGCCAAACUGUAGAACACAAACACACAAUCAUGACCAUUUUCCCCAGGUGAGUGAUCCUCAUUUAUUAAUUAAUUAUAUUACAUGAUCAGAUGGUAAAGAUGGUCAAAUGUAGCAGCAAUUUUCCAUGUAACUCGAUUCCCGCUUCUGUAAAGGUGGAGACUAGUGAUCGUCCCAAAACACAGAGCCAUGUGCAGAAUAGAAAGCCAAUUCUAUCCCCAUGUGUUGGUAGCAAAAUAUCUAAUUGGAAAAUGUGUAAUGGUACCUCAAAACAUGUACUCAGUCUUUCCUGCGCAAUACAACCUCUCAGGAACCAAUAUAACACAACCUGUCGUUUGCAUGGAGUCAUCUACACGGACAUUAUAGGAUCUGAUUAUGAUUGAUAAAGGAGGCCCAAUGGAGCACAGUUUCAAGAAUCCAGUCAAACCACGAGUCAAUGACAAAAUACUGUAUAUCUGGGAACACUGACUACAGACUGUUGGAAGCACCCUGUUUCAUUUCUGUGUCUUUGUGAUGGUACAACAUAUUUUCUCUUUUUCUAUCUUAUUUUUGCAUGGGCAUUUUUACCGACCAAAAUGGUUUUCUUCUCCGGAUGUAUUUUGCAAUAUUUGAUGCUGUAGUGCAGGAGACUAGUUUAGCACUGUUAGGAGACAGGCUUUUUACUUUCUUAUUGUCAUUGGGGUUGAUAUAUGUUCUUAUUGUUGGAAUUGAUAUUUACUGUGAUAGCCUGUCUUUGUAGAUUGGAUUGUAUUGACAUAAUUUGUCUAGCUCAUAUAGUUCUGUCUGGCAAAAAAAUAUAUAACUAGAACAAUCACAAGAGAAUGUACCAAACAAUGUAUCUAUGAGCCAGUGACAUACACACUGGCAGUUUUAUUCCAUUUGACUUCACAAGUCUACUGUCUGUUUCUUAGAGAGAUCAAUUGUGACAUCUUAUUCUGUUGAGCUUGCAUAUGUGUCGUAUCUGCAAUAAAAUUCAUAUAAAUGAACAAGAUCUUUGUUCUA